AUGGCGGAUCCAGUUAUUCACCCAGACACUACAAACCCUCUUCAUCACCAUCAAACACAACCUCUCAAAGAGAUCGCCAUUGACUACACACCAGAAGCAUGCUCUCACUGCCCUAAUACCAACACCAUCACCCUCACCUUCGAUCACCGCGGCGGCGCCAGGUGGCGCACCACCACUCGCUUCCACUAUGGCACCUUCAGCUCCCUCAUCCAGUGCCCUAAGGGUAACACCAAUGGCCUCAACUUCAACCUCUACCUCUCUUCCUUAGAAGGUGAAAAGUCCCAAGAUGAGAUAGAUUUUGAGUUCUUGGGUAAGGAUAGGACCAUUGUGCAGACAAACUACUUCAGUGGUGGCAAUGGCAACAAGGAGAAGAUUCACCAUCUGGGUUUUGAUGCCUGUGAUGGUUUUCAUGAGUAUGUGAUCAAGUGGAGUUAUGAUGUGAUAGAGUGGCUCAUUGAUGGGAAGGUAGUCAGAAGAGAGGAGAAGAAAGAAGAAGGGAAAGGGUUCCCUCAGAAGCCUAUGUUCUUGUAUGCUUCCAUUUGGGAUGCAAGCUGCAUUGAUAAUGGGAGGUGGGCAGGGAAGUAUGAUGGGAGUGAUGCACCUUAUGUUUGUCUCUAUAAAGACAUUCAUGUCCCUACUAGCACUGCAGUUAAAUGA